AUGGCUUAUUACGAACCUCAGGGCUGGCAGGCCCCUUCUUCUCGCCAGGCGUCCUGGGAGCAGCCAGUCCCUCCGUCGCGAUCAGGAUCAAGCUCGGUCUCCCAGCGUGACGAUAUCCCCGCGUUCUCCUCUCAAUUUGACGAGGUUGAUCGCGCCAUUGAUAACCUCGUUAAGAGCGGAAAACUAUGGGCCGCCCCCCGAAGAGAUUCGAUGCCGCUGAUGAUGGGCCGCCCCCAUCCUGAAUACGACCCGCGCAUGCCCAACCCAGCACAGCGCCAUCACUCGAUUAGCGACUUUGAUGGUGCGCGGAUGCACCCGACUCCCCCGAAUGUGCAAGGCUUUUACGCCUCGCAGCGGUUUCAAGGACGCCCGAAUGAAGUGGAUCAGAUGAUGCAAGCAAAGCGUCGGAUGGCGGCACAGCGUGAGAGGGAACUCCGCAACUAUCAUCAGGAGCAGCAGUACAACCGAAGCCUUCUCGCCGAAAUGUCUGCUGGCAAGUCCGACCGCUCGAUCAGCCCGGCCGCCGUGAACGAGGAAAGUCGUCGGGAUCUUCUUGCUCGCCAACACAGAGCCUUGUACGGCAACGAAAGCCCCGCCUUCUUCCCUCCCAACACUUUUGCAGAGGAUGGCUCUCGGCCCGAGAGUCAGGCUGGUAUGCGUGGCGCUUCUCCCAGAAGCGUCGACCCAUUCAGCCAGGCUUCAAUUCCAGGCGGCCCCGAUAGUAUCUCUCAGGCUAGCGCCGGCCCGACUGGCAUCCAAUCCCCUUCGCGUGCGAACAGCACCUCCUCCCCGAGCUCUGGUAUCAACCCCGUGUUUGGUGAGCAGCCCGUGACCUCCGCCUCGUCUCCCAGUGCGGAUUCCCCAUCCUCUCGACAAGCAAACUCGAAAGCGAACGCCGGCCCCAUCGGCUCUGUUGGUCCCAUCGGAUCUCGCCCGGCUCAGCAGACCGGCCCUUCCCAAGCGCCGAACCCAGCUUUGAACAAGCGAUCGACGACUCCCCUACCCUCGCCCUUGGGGUUCGGUUUCACACCGGGUGAGAGCAUCAGCGACCGCUCUGUGUCGUCUGCGGCCAACCCUGUGACUUCCACUGCUGGUCCUUCUGGCGUGAAGGAUGCAUCCGGUGGCGUUGGGCUUGGUUGGAGCAACACCAGCGGUGUAUGGGGCUCUAAAACUGGAUUGGGUGUCCAGGCUUCAGUCUGGGGUUAA